CCCUUCUCCCUCUUUCUAUCUUUUCUUCCCAUCCCGGAUCAAUCUCUCUCUCUCCCCUCCGGUUCUUUGAGAGAGAGAGACAAUCAUCACAUCUAUCAACCAAUGGCUUCGUCUCAAUCUGAUCAAGAUCACCAACCCAGGAAAGAAUCCGGUCAAGCCUCUUCCGAUGGCAACGACCCUUCUCCAGCCGGACAUCCUCAAGCGACGGGUUAUUCUCCGACGAUGGGUUAUCCUCCUCCAAUGGGCUAUCCCCCAGGGCAAUAUUCUGGGUAUCCUCCUCCAGGCCAGCCAGCAGGUUAUCCUGGCUAUAACAAUGGAUACAACAACAAUUACCCAUAUGCACAAGCACCGCCGGCCAGCUAUUACCAUCCUCAAGCGAUGCAUCCACCACAACCACAAGUCUCCGGUCUCGUUCGCGGGAUCAUCGCCGGGUUAUUUUUCUUGGUUAUCUUUAUGUGCUUAUCGAGCCUCAUAGUGUGGCUAAUCUUGCGCCCUGCAAUUCCCGCUUUCCAUGUUGACACCUUCACCGUCUCUAACUUCAACGCAACCUCACCGAGCUUCACAGCCAAAUGGGAUGCUAACAUUAAAGUCGAUAACCCUAACACAAAACUCAAAGUAUAUUUUGAUCAGAUAGAGGUAUAUAUGUAUUACGAUGAAGAUAACCUUCUUGCCACAUCCUUUGCCACCCCCUUUCUCUUGGAAACCAAACAAAGUACUGUAAUGCAAGCCAAGUUAGCGUCGAAUAACUCAGAUCACAGCCAAGCCGGUGUGGGGAGCUGGGUGGUGGAGAGAAUGGCAGAGGAUAGGAACAGCAGCUCCGGCAAGCUGACUUUUAAUCUGAGGAUUGCUCUUUGGACUACGUUUAAAUCAGGAUCAUGGUGGGCUAGGCACGUUACUAUAAGAGUUUAUUGUGAAAAUUUGGAGGUUGGCUUUGAGGGUGAAACAGGUAAUGGAAAAUUAAUCAAUAAUAAGUCUAGUGAUUGCAUAGUUUUUGCUUAAUUAGUUUAAUCUUUUUUUGUCAAUAGUAUAUAAUUAUAUUACUUUUAAUUACCUUUCCCAAGUGUUCAUGGGGAUUUUUGUUUUAUGACUCUUGGUGUUGUAAUUUGGAAAUCCUAGCUAGCCUGGAUAUCUGUGUUAAU